GGCGCUUACAGAACAUCCCGCACAAAUCCACCCACUUGAGACCGCGUCAGUCACAGCAAUGAAGAACAAGAACAAGCAAACAAAGUUUCCAGUGGCACGAAUCAAGCGUAUAAUGCAGAAAGAUGAAGAGGUGGGGAAAGUUGCACAAGCUACACCAGUCGUCAUAUCAAAGGCUCUAGAAUUGUUCUUGGCUAUGAUUGUUGAUGAAGCGAGCAAGGUCACAAUAGAGAGAGGAUCAAAGAGGGUAGAGGCAUAUCAUCUAAAACAUGCAGUUGAGACCGUCGACAUGCUCGAUUUCCUCAAAGAGAUUGUCGAGGCUGUUCCCGAUCCCUCAGCAGGAGGGACUAUCGAUCUCGAACAAGAACAAGCCGACAAGGAGAAAAAGAAACGAGGCAAGGGAAAGAAAGCGGAAGGCGGUGAGGCUUCCACCGCGCCGAGAAAACGUCGAAAGAAGGCAGACAAAGCCAAGGACGAAGAGGAUGUAGAACCCGAGGAGGAAGAGAGUGUUGAAGCAUAUAGUCGGCGACUUCACGAGGAAGAUGAUGAUUAUGAGCGGUGACCGUGGAUGUGUGUAGUGUGUAUGAGGAUCAUACAUGGGACUUUUCGUGACUAUACUUUAUGUACUGUAUUUAUUACUUUCGUUCUCUCUUCUGCGGGGAUUGUAUUUUUGCUACUUCUUCGUGUACUGCUACAUAGGUCAAAUGUGUGUAGAAUACAUGCAUGCAUAGACUAAACCAACUCCACCUCUUCUCUCGC